AUGUUAAAUAAAUUUUACCAAUACUUAGAUUUUCAUAAUAUAGAUAGUAAAAUUAUUUCACACUUUAAUUUGUUUUCAGAGCUUUUAAAAUACAGCUACAAUACAUUUGCAAAAUACAAUAGACCAAAAAUUAAUUUUAAUAUAAACUGUGUAAAAAAAUACGAAAAUAUACUUUUAUACGACUAUUUUUCUAAUUAUAUAUUUAACACUUUAAAAACUUAUAACAAAUCACUUAAAAAUAAGAUAAUAUCUUACAAAUACCCUAACAUUUUAUUCAGUGUUUUAAUAAAGCUGUAUAGCUUAUUUAAAACUAAUAUUGUUCACGUAUCAAAUAACAAGUUAUAUUUAACUUAUGUAUUUAAACUAUUAGGUAAAAUCAACAAUAUAAUUGCAAAUAAAAACGAAGACGUUGAUGUUGCAUUUGAUUUUUGUUAUAUACUCCACAGUACUAAUAAAGACGUACUUAAAGAAUUAAAUGAAAAAAACGAGCUAAUAUAUGUAAAUUUGUAUUAUAGCACUAUUGUGUCUCGUUUAUAUAAAUAUGAUUUAUUACAAAACAUUAAUAGAUCCCAUAUUAAAUAUUUAACUUAUAUAACAAAAACUUUACAUAACACACGCGAUUAUAUUUAUGCUUGUAGUGUUUUAUAUGAUUUUAUAAAAGUUAAACAUCAAAAAAACAUAUGUAAUUUGUUUAUAAAUACUAAGAUAAAAUCUGUAAAUAAAUCUAUUAUAAGCUGCUUUAUAAAUAAUUUUAUAAACGUUAAUAAUAUUUUAGACUAUUCUAACACGUCUUUAGUUUAUAACUUUUAUAAUUUAAUAAACAAAUUUAUAUUUGGGCAAGAUCUAAUAACUAAAAAAAUAUCAACUUAUUUAUUAAAUUUUAAUUUUAAUAAUAAAAUUAAACCUAUAGGAAGCUUUCUAUUAUGCGGUCCAAGUGGUACAGGUAAAACUGAAAUAGUAAAACUUAUAACAAAUUAUCUUUAUAAAUCUCAAACUAAUUUAUUACAAUUUGAUAUGAGUGAGUAUAAAGAAAGUCACUCUGUAUCUAAACUUAUAGGAGCUCCUCCUGGGUAUGUAGGACACGAAAGCGGAGGUAACCUUAUAAAUAAAAUUAAUUCUGUAGAGUCUCCUAUUGUAUUGUUUGACGAAAUAGAAAAAGCAGACAAAAAUAUUUUUUCUAUAUUUUUACAAAUAUUAGACGAGGGAUUACUAACAGAUUCUAAAGGUAACUCUUGUAAGUUCAAUAAAUCUUUAAUAUUUUUUACCAGCAACUUAGGUAGUAAAAUAUUUAACACUAUAAACAAAAACGAACAAUUUACUACUAAAUAUUACAAUAAAGUUAGAGAGGAUAUAAAUUCUAAUUUUAAAUUAGAAUUUAUAAAUAGAUUAAAUGAUAUAAUUAUAUUUAACCCUUUAUCCUCUUUACACCUUUACAAUAUAUUGGAAAAAUAUUUAUAUAGCGAAGAGUACAAUACUAAAGUUAACAUGUCUACAUCAAUUAAAGCUAUGCUGUCUAAUUUAUCUUACUGCCCUACACAAGGGUCUAGGUUUUUAGUAAAUAAUAUAAAUAAAAUAGUAAAUAAUUUAAAUUUACUUCAAGAAAAUAAACUAUUUAGAAGCGACAAUAAUUUUACAAAAUAUAUAAUUUUACAGUAA